CGCUUUUUACUAUUAAAUCUUUAUAUUUUGCUUGUUUAUUGUUUAUUGUUCAAUAAAGUUUAGAACAAAUUUCGAUGUCAUCAGUUUUGAAUGCCAAGCUACGCAGAAAACACUACACAACCACAGAGCAUCCCCCGCUCUCACAGCCACACGGCAGUAGCGAAUGUUGACAAUUGGAAACGAGUUGAGACACUCAGAUUAUUUGUUGAUAGCAGAGAAAGUAGUAAACAAGUCGAUAUGACCAGCACAAAAUUAAAUAUUGCUCAAAAGAAUUCCGAAAUUCUAAAAGAUCAAGCGGUGCUUACAAAGUUGGAAAAGACGAUGACACGAACUAUUGAGCGGAUGAACGUUUCAUUAAAUGAAUUAAAGAUUGAACGGCUGCAACUGCUUAAUAUUCAAGCACAGUUAGAGCCUGAAGAUAAUACCUCAAGCGUAAAGACAAAAGAUAAAGUAAUGCAUAAAACUGACGACGUAUCGAAAGAAUUUUUUCAAGACGGAAAUGAAUCCACUUUUCAGUGCAGUAAUGAAGACAAAUUGGAUUUAGAUAAAUUUUUGACAUUUUGCAUGGAUGAAGUUGAUGAAAAAUAAUUUUGGACUUCAAAAUGUGCAUCGUCGAAGUUGAUGUAAAUAAAAAGACUGUUAAUUUAUCAAUGAAUGUUAAUCAAUGAAUUUUAAAU